AUGCCUGAGCCCGGGAAAAAGCCAGUGUCAGCCUUUAGCAAGAAGCCUCGGUCAGUGGAGGUGGCCGUGGGGAGCCAGGCUGUGUUUGAGGCGGAGACAGAGCGGGCCGGGGUGAAGGUGCGCUGGCAGCGGGAAGGCAGUGACAUCAGCGCCAGCGACAAGUAUGGCCUGGCGACUGAGGGCCGGCGGCACACACUGACGGUGCAGGAUGUGGGCACUGCGGAUCAGGGCUCCUACGCAGUCAUCGCAGGCUCCUCCAAGGUCAAGUUUGACCUCAAGGUCACAGAGGCAGAGAAGGCAGAGCCUGGGCCAGCCUCAGCCCCUGCUGAGGCCUCAGGAGCCCCCGGAAAACCUCCAUCUUCCACUGAGCUGGAAUCAAGCACCCAAAGUUCAGAAGGAUCCAGCUCAGCCGCCCCCAAUGGCCCUGGACCUGGGGGCCCUACAGCCCCCGAGGAUCCCAUUGGCCUCUUCCUGAUGAGGCCUCAGGAUGGUGAGGUGACCGUGGGUGGCAGCAUCACUUUCUCAGCCCGCGUGGCUGGUGCCAGCCUCUUGAAACCACCAGUGGUCAAAUGGUUCAAGGGCAAGUGGGUGGACCUGAGCAGCAAGGUGGGUCAGCACCUGCAGCUGCAGGACAGCUACGACCGGGCCAGCAAGGUCUAUCAGUUCGAGCUCCGGAUCACCGAUGCUCAGGUCACCUCUGCAGGGGGCUACCGCUGCGAGGUGUCCACCAAGGACAAAUUUGACAGCUGCAACUUCAACCUUACUGUCCAUGAGGCCGUUGGUCCUGGAGAGCUGGACCUGCGAUCAGCUUUCCGCCGCCCGAGCGUGGCUGGAGCAGGUCGGAGAACCAGUGACAGCCACGAAGACACUGGGACUCUGGACUUCAGCUCCCUGCUGAAGAAAAGCAGCAGUUUCCGGACCCCACGGGACUCAAAGCUGGAGGCACCUGUGGAGGAGGAUGUGUGGGAGAUCCUGCGGCAUGCACCCCCAUCCGAGUAUGAGCGCAUCGCCUUCCAGCAUGGGGUCACUGACCUGCGGGGCAUGCUCAAGAGGCUCAAAGGCAUGAAGCGAGACGAGAAGAAGAGCACAGCCUUUCAGAAGAAGCUGGAGCCAGCCUACCAGGUGAGCAAGGGCCACAAGAUCCGGCUGACCGUGGAGCUGGCUGACCCUGAUGCCGAGGUCAAGUGGCUGAAGAACGGACAGGAGGUCCAGAUGAGUGGCAGCAAGUACAUCUUCGAAUCCAUCGGCACCAAACGCACUUUGACCAUCAGCCAGUGCUCGCUGGCGGACGAUGCAGCCUACCAGUGCGUGGUGGGUGGCGAAAAAUGCAGCACUGAGCUCUUUGUCAAAGAGCCCCCGGUGCUGAUCACACGUCCCCUGGAAGACCAGCUGGUGAUGGUGGGACAGCGGGUGGAGUUUGAGUGUGAAGUGUCUGAAGAGGGGGCCCAGGUCAAAUGGCUGAAAGAUGGGGUUGAGCUGACCCGGGAAGAGACCUUCAAAUAUCGGUUUAAGAAGGACGGGCGGAAACACCACCUGAUCAUCAACGAGGCGACACUGGAGGACGCCGGGCACUAUGCGCUGCGUACUAGUGGGGGCCAGGCACUGGCUGAGCUCAUAGUGCAAGAGAAAAAGCUGGAAGUGUACCAGAGCAUCGCGGACCUGGCGGUGGGUGCCAAGGACCAGGCCGUGUUCAAGUGUGAAGUGUCAGAUGAGAAUGUGCGGGGCGUGUGGCUGAAGAACGGGAAAGAGCUGGUGCCGGACGGACGCAUCAAAGUGUCCCACAUUGGGCGGGUCCACAAACUGACCAUUGAUGAUGUCACACCUGAAGAUGAAGCCGACUACAGCUUUGUGCCCGAGGGCUUUGCCUGCAACCUGUCGGCCAAGCUCCACUUCAUGGAGGUCAAGAUUGACUUCGUGCCCAGGCAAGAGCCUCCCAAGAUCCACCUGGACUGCCCAGGCCGCACACCAGACACUAUUGUGGUGGUGGCAGGGAACAAGCUUCGCCUGGAUGUCCCCAUCUCUGGGGACCCUGCACCCACUGUCAUUUGGCAGAAGACCAUCACACAGCGUAAGAAGACCCCAGUUGGGCCAGCACCUGAUGCCCCAGAAGAUGCAGAUGCCACAGACGAGUGGCAGUUUGAUAAGAAGCUGCUGUGCGAGACGGAGGGCAGGGUCCACGUGGAGACCACCAAGGACCGUAGCAUCUUCACAGUGGAGGGGGCAGAGAAGGAAGACGAGGGUGUCUACACUGUCACGGUGAAGAACCCUGUGGGCGAAGACCAGGUCAACCUCACAGUCAAGGUCAUCGAUGUGCCAGAUGCACCUGCAGCCCCCGAGAUCAGCAAUGUGGGCGAGGACUGCUGCACGGUGCGGUGGGCGCCGCCGGCCUACGACGGGGGACAGCCUGUGCUGGGCUACAUCUUGGAGCGGAAAAAGAAGAAGAGCUACCGCUGGAUGCGCCUCAAUUUCGAUCUGCUGCGGGAGCUGAGCCACGAGGCAAGGCGCAUGAUCGAGGGCGUGGCCUAUGAGAUGCGGGUGUACGCGGUCAACGCCGUGGGCAUGUCCAGGCCCAGCGCCCCCUCCCAGUCCUUCAUGCCCAUCGGUCCUCCCGGGGAACCCACUCACCUGGCCAUGGAGGAUGUCUCUGAUACCACCGUCUCGCUCAAGUGGCGGGCUCCAGAGCGUGUGGGCGCGGGUGGCCUGGAUGGCUACAGCGUGGAGUACUGCCAGGAGGGUUGCUCCGAAUGGGUGGCUGCCCUUCAGGGGCUGACAGAGCGCACGUCACUGCUGGUGAAGGACCUGCCCACCGGGGCCCGGCUGCUGUUCCGUGUGCGGGCACACAAUGUGGCUGGGCCUGGAGCCCCCGUCACCACCAAGGAGCCUGUGACAGUGCAGGAGAUCCUGCAACGACCGCGGCUGCAACUGCCCAGACACUUGCGCCAGACCAUUCAGAGAAAGGUGGGAGAGUCUGUGAACCUCCUCAUUCCUUUCCAGGGCAAGCCUCGGCCUCAAGUGACCUGGACCAAAGAGGGGCAGCCACUGGUGGGAGAGGAGGUGAGCGUCCGCAACAGCUCCACAGACACCAUCUUGUUCAUCCGCGCUGCCCGCCGCGCCCACUCAGGCACCUAUCAGGUGGCAGUACGCAUCGAGAACAUGGAGGACAAGGCCACGCUGGUCCUGCAGAUCGUGGACAAGCCCAGUCCCCCUCAGGACAUUCGGGUCAUGGAAGCUUGGGGUUUCAAUGUGGCUCUGGAGUGGAAGCCACCCCAAGAUGAUGGCAACUCAGAGCUCUUGGGUUACACGGUACAGAAGGCUGACAAGAAGACCAUGGAGUGGUUCACCGUGUUGGAGCAUUACCGCCGCACCCAGUGUGUGGUGUCAGAGCUCAUCAUUGGCAAUGGUUACUACUUCCGGGUCUUCAGCCAUAACAUGGUGGGUCCCAGUGACACAGCCACCACCACCAAGGAGCCUGUCUUUAUCCCCAGACCGGGCAUCACAUACGAACCACCCAAAUUCAAGGCGCUGGACUUCUCCGAGGCCCCAAGUUUCACCCAGCCACUGGCAAACCGCUCGGUCAUCGCUGGCUACACCACUGUCCUUUGCUGCGCUGUCCGGGGCAGCCCCAAGCCCAAGAUUUCCUGGUUCAAGAACGGCCUGGACCUGGGAGAAGAUGCCCGCUUCCGCAUGUUCAGCAAGCAGGGGGUGCUGACCCUGGAGAUCCGGAAGCCCUGUCCCUUUGAUGGAGGCAUCUAUGUCUGCAGAGCCACCAACUUGCAGGGCGAGGCGGAGUGUGAGUGCCGCCUGGAGGUGCGAGUGCCUCAGUGACCUAGCUGGCUUCCUAGGGAUGGCCUGGGGAGCCUGUGUCAUUGGUACAGCUGGAUGCCAGCCCAUGUGCCAAAGCCUAGAGGAGAGCUGGAGGAGCCUACUUCCUGCCGC